AUGGCAAGUUGGAAUCAUACAAGUGUGAAGGAAUUUCUUCUGGUGGGUUUAACUGAAAAUCCUAAUUUGCAAAUCCCUCUCUUUUUGCUUUUCAUGCUUAUUUAUUUCAUCACUCUGGUAGGUAAUUGGGGCAUGAUCAUAUUGAUCUGGCUAAGUGCCCAACUUCGUACUCCAAUGUACUUCUUCCUUAGCAACCUCUCUUUUUGUGAUAUCUGCUACUCUACUGUCUUUGCUCCUAAGAUGCUGGCGAAUUUCCUAUCAAAACACAAGUCCAGCACAUUUUCUGGCUGUGUUCUCCAGAGUUUCUUUUUUGCAGUGUAUGUGACCACAGAGGGCAUCGUCCUGUCUAUGAUGGCUUAUGAUCGCUAUGUAGCAAUAGCCAAUCCCUUGUUGUAUACGGUCAUUAUGACCCAAAGGCUUUGUAUUCAGAUGGUCCUUGCAUCUUACUUGGGUGGUAUCGUUAACUCACUGACACAUACAAUAGGUUUGCUCAAACUAGACUUCUGUGGUCCUAACAUUGUGAAUCAUUAUUUCUGUGACAUUCCCCCUCUUCUGAAGCUCUCUUGCUCUGAUACCUAUAACAAUGAAAUUUUGCUUUUGAUAUUCUCUGGGGCUGUUGUAGUGUUCACUUUAACUAUCAUUAUGGUCUCUUAUAUCCACAUCAUCAUUGCCAUCCAGAGAAUCCGCUCAGCUGAGGGGAGACGCAAAGCCUUCUCCACUUGUGCCUCCCAUCUGACUGCUGUGAUCUUGUUGUAUGGGUCUGUGACCUUUAGUUACGUCCAGCCAAGCUCUCAAUCUUUCCUGGAACAGGAGAAAGUCUCUGCUGUGUUUUACACACUGGUAAUCCCCAUGCUAAAUCCACUGAUUUAUAGCCUAAGGAAUAAAGAUGUGAAAGAUGCAGCAAAAAGAUCAAUAUGCUGGAAGAAAAUCCCCACCUGA